AUCAUCAAUCAAGAUUUUUUUAUGAUUGAAGUUUGCAUAGUCUGAAUUUUUAUUCAUACAAAAUAUCAUUCACCAUUCACCAUAAUUUAUAUCAAUCAAUAUCAAUAUUGAACACUAAUCAUUGUGAAGAUUUGUGUAGUGAUUAAAUCAAAAAAAAAUUGAUCAAAUAUACUCAUUCAUAAGGAACGUGUUGAGAGAAAAGAUUUAUUUUUUUUAUAUAUAAAUUGAAAAAAAAGAUUUAAUUUUUGCUUAUUGAAAAAUUUAUACACUGAAAACUGUUUGUAUCUUCAUAUAUGUCUAUAUGUUUUUUUUUCUUGGUGUUCCUUGAAGAUUUCAAUAUCAAAAUCAAAGUGAAAUAUAUAUCUAUCUUAUCAUCGUCAUCAUCUAAUCACACAAACAACACAUAUAUACAGAGUUGAUCAUGAUAAACAUAUACUCUCAAUAAAUUGAGUAAUGAUAUCGAUUUUUACUCAUUUUUGUUUUUCAUUGUAUAAGUAUGAAUAAGAAUAAUAAACGAAUGAAACAUGUCGCGAACAAAUUUCAAACAGCAGCUCAUGAAAGAGCAAUUACUACAGGAAGAAUUGCGUCAAACAUCGAAACAACAAUCAUCAUCAACAACAACAAUGACAUCUAGCAACAAUACAAAUAAUAAUAAUAAUCAACAGAAUCCGACAACAUCAGCUACAUCAAACAUUUCCAAUGGAAUUAGAAUUCAAACAUUCGCUUCAUCAUCUUCAUCAUCAUCUACGGUUACGGCAGCAGCCGGAAAUAAUUCUAAUGAUCAUCAACAAUCAUCAUCAAACAUUCCUUCAGCUCAACAACAACAAGCAUCUGAACCAAUGGUUAUCAAUUUUCCAAAUUCAACAAACUCUCCACAUCAUCAAAUUAUACCUGGAGGAGCAGGAUUCAGCUUACCACUACAAUUGCAAUUGUUCGGCGGUGGUGGUGGUGGUGGUGGAAUGAAUUCUAGUUCACCAUUCGGCAGUAGUAAUCAACAACAACCGCAACCAAUUUCGAUCCAACAUCAACCAAUACAUAAUAAUAAUCAGAAUAUUCAAUUUAAUGGGCCGCAUUCAUUGAAUGCAACAUUAUUGCAACAAACCGCUAAUCAAACUGGACAUAACAUGGACAGAAUUGGCGCUAGUCUAUUGAGAAAUCAUAUUGCCUCUCAACAACAACAAUCACAAACAUCAAAUAGGCCAGAACAACAGUCGUCGCCAUUUGCAUUAAGUCCAGAAAGUCCAUUAUCAGGUGGUGGACCAUCUUCGGCUUCCGACUUUGAUGAUGUUUUCGAUGGCAUAAUGCGUUUGGAUACGGCCGGUAUUGACGAUAUUGAUAAUAUAUCAGCAACUAUUGUCGAAAUGAGUAGUGGCUCUGGAAACAAUUUCUUCAAUCCUAAUAGCCAAAAUAGUGCACUAAUGGAUAUAGGCGAUCAAAAAACAUUGAUUCCACAUACACUACCGGAUCGUAUGGAAUCAUUCUUAUUAUCGAAUCCGAUUCAAAAUCCUAAUCUAGUAUCACAUUCGCCAAUCAAUGCUGGUUCGCUCAAAACACCCAAUAAUAGUCCGGGAAACAAUUCACAAUCAAGCCCAGUGGCCAUAAAAUCAUCAGCAACAAAUAGGUUUGGCGGUUCAUCACAAUUAGGACGAUCAGUUACAACAGGUGGUCAUCGUCUUUCCGGCACAACCUCAACUGUAUCAUCAUCUUGUCCACAAUUGACCGAACAAGAAUUAAAAGCAUGGCAAAAAGACCGACAGAAAAAAGAUAAUCAUAAUCAGAUUGAACGUCGUCGUCGAUAUAAUAUCAAUGAUCGUAUUAAAGAAUUAGGAACACUAUUGCCACGAAAUGCGGAUGAUCCAAAACAUUUUGAACUGGUCAAAGAUAUGAAACAGAACAAAGGCACUAUAUUGAAAGCCUCUGUUGAUUAUCUAAAGCUAUUGAAACAGGAAAAUGUUCGUCUAAAUGAUGAAUUCGAUCGAGCUUUAGGUGAAACUAGAAAGACUAAGGAAGAGAAUCAUCGCUUACAAGAAGUUCUUUUCACUCUAUUGAAAAAAUUAAACGUUACAGAAGGAAGGUCAAUGGAAUCGAUCAUGGCUGAAAUACAUUCAAUGACAUCAUCAAACAAGCAAACAGCGAAUGAAACUUCGAUUGCCAAUGGCCAUCGUCAAAACAAUUCCAAAGAGGAUCAACAAUUCGAUAUGGUUGAUUAUAAAAUGGAUUAUCACAAUUCGAUCAAUUCACCAGCGAAUUCGCCGUCAACAGAUUACCUCGAUACUGCAUCGGCUAUGAACAAACAUCCGAUUGGAGUUGGUAGUGUAGGUAGCAGCAGUGCCGGUGGUUUUCAGAUUGUCAAAGAGGAACCCAAUGAAUCACCAUCACCUAUGAUCAAUCACCAUCAAUUAUCAUCGCCAAUGAGUCCUGCAGGUAGUAAUCCUAUAUUGAGAUCUAUUCAUCAGCAAACAACGACGAGCAGCCAACAGUCAUCAAAUAAUAGCAGUGGAAAUGGUGGAUACUUUUUGGCUGUAAGAAAUUCUCAACAUCCACAUCAACAUCAUAUUCAACAACAUCAGCUUCAACAAUUAAUGAUGAAUUCAGGCAAUGCUACUACUAACAAUGGACAAACUUUUGGCCAAUUGAAUUCAUCGAACUUAUUGAGUCAGACACAACAAUUAGCUACAUCAACAAUAAUUAAGAAUGAAGCAUUCUCACCACAAUCAAUGGACAUCUGUAAUUGAUUAUAUAUAUGUGUGUGUGUCAUCAUACUCAAAUAUUAUUAUUAAUCAUUAAUAUUUUAUGAUUCAAGAUUA